AUGCACACGCCUACGAAAGCCUACCUUUUACUCGCACUCCUUCCUUUCGCUCUCGCAAAUAUGGUCUCCCAGAUUAGCGACGGCCAGGUCCAGGAGCCUGCCGAAGCACCGGCCGUCGUGGCACCCAAAAUCGCAAUCGCACCCACCAGCGCCCCGGUAGCAGCAGCAUCACCGCCACCACCCACGUCUACCUCCACCUUCAUACCCGCUGCCACAUCUCCGCCUCUGUCGCCCCCACCUGCGCUGAAAGAAGCGGGAGCUGUCGCUGCACCGCCAAUAGCAAACACGUCGAUCCCUGCCCCAGCCAGGAUCGAAGAAGCGGCUACCACGGCGCCAAUCUUGAUCGCCCCUGCACCGGCUGCGAACAUCACGAUCCCGCAUCACCAUGUUAAUCACGAAACCUCCCACCCGAGCGCGAGUACUGGCAAUGUCCUGCCGGUGGAGAACGGAACCGCGCCCACGGUGCCCGUGGUGCCAACUUUGCCAGCGGUUGCCAGUCAGGCAUCGACGAGUGGGGAGGGGAGUCCGAGGGAGGCUGGGACAACGCAGGCAGCUUCGAAGGGAGUUGCGGCGAGGUUGGGAGUGAGUGCUGGAUUUGGAGCGUUGGGGGUGAUUGGGUUGGCGGUGAUGCUGAGCUAG